AGACGUUGAGUGACAGCUGUCCAAUCGAGACCCUCAGUGCUGGUGCGGUUUACAGCUUAAGCGCCGCCGCGGUCUGAGGAAUGUCAACUAUUCAACAUGGAGGCGGAGGUCGAUAAGCUGGAAUUGAUGUUUCAGAAAGCUGACUCUGAUUUGGAUUACAUUCAAUACAGGCUGGAGUAUGAAAUCAAGACUAACCAUCCUGACUCUGCAGGCGAGAAAAAUCCAGUUACACUUUUAAAGGAAUUGUCAGCAAUAAAGUCUCGACAUCAAGCUUUGUAUGCACGCUUUAAACCAGUUUCUGUUGAGCAAAAAGAGACUAAGAGCCGCAUUUGUGCUACUUUGAAUAAGACAAUGACGAUGAUACAAGAACUACAAAAGCAAACAGACCUGGAGCUAUCACUACUGACAGAAGACGAGAAAGCUGUGGCAGAACAGUUAACAUCUCACAUGCCAGACUUAAUGAAGAAAUGAGAUUAAAGAAGGAAGCUCUAAUAAAGAUUAUUUCCAAAGAAAUUCAGCAAGAUGGCCUAGUUAACACUUAAUAUCUGGAGAAGGGAGGCUGGUAAAGAUGGUGGUUUGAGUAACAGAAUCAUUAUACCUUUCCUUUCAGAGGAGAAUAUUAGCAGAUAUAAUGUAUAAUACAUGUAUACAUAUAGUAUAUAAUAACAUGUACACAGUUUUGUCAUUUAACUAUUUUCUUUUUGUAAAGUUGGGAUAGAUGUUUUGGCUUAAUAUAAAAGAAUGUUUAUGUACAUUUCAGUCAGUGUGUGAAUAAGCAUGCUUUAGAAAUUUGAGGUGGGGCAAAAUACUUACAAUAUAUAUUAUAGGUAUAAAUUUUAUUUUUUGAAAUUGUUGGUUUUAAAUGAAGUCACACUAUUGGUUUACUGCUAAUAUAUGAUAUGCAGUUUCACACAAAUUCUAGCUAAUGUAAUUAAAAGCCUUUUCUAUGAUA